AAUCAAGCUGAUGGGAUUGCUAUUAUGUAUAUAAAGAGGAAAUGUCUCAUCAAACUGAUAUUCAGUGUUGAAGAUUGACGUCUAUAAGAAACUUUCAGGUCAGAUAUCAAGGGAGAUACGACACAGUACAUAGCAAACAUGACCAUUAGCUCCUCGUUGGUUCUGCUGAGCUUGGCGAACGUCGUCAUGGGACAUGGUCGACUAACGGACCCGCCUUCACGGUCCUCUGCAUUUAGAUAUGGUUUCAACACGCCAGUUAAUUACAUGGAUCAUCAGUUGAAUUGUGGUGGAUUUUGGAAUCAAUGGGGACUUAACAAUGGCCGUUGUGGUGUUUGCGGAGAUCCUUAUCAAGGUCCACGCGAAAACGAGGCAGGUGGGAAAUAUGCGACAGGGACUAUUGUGCGUAGUUACAAGGAAGGCCAACAAAUAAGUGUUGAAACAGAAAUAACUGUACCACAUGGUGGUGGAUGGUCGGAAUUUCGAAUUUGUCCCAACAACGAUGUAAACAAACCUGCCACGCAGCAAUGUUUGGACCAGUAUCUGCUAGCGAGCCCUAGUGGAGAAACUCGAUUUGUACACGCGGGUACGACCGGAAAAUUUAGGAUUACCCUGUUGCUUCCACCGGGUCUAACCUGCACUCAGUGUUUUCUGCAAUGGAAAUGGAACACUAAACAGCAUAACAACUGCAACCCCGAGACACAUGAAUGUUGCAUGGGAUGUGGACCGCAGGAACAAUUCUAUGGCUGCGCCGAUAUUUCCAUUGAGAGAUCCACAAUCGGAGAAUCUGUGAGAAACCCGAGAACAACGAAGAUUCCUGUUCGCCCAGUCGUUACCCGUAAUACUCAGCCAAAUGGUUUCAUUCCGAUCGAUAGUCGCAAUGGGUAGAACGGGUUUCUCGUACAUUCUUUGCUUUCGUAGAGACCUAUGAGGACAGUCAAAGGGUGUGAAGAUCCAUAUUUGCAAAUGAUAGAACUUACAAUACUUAAAAUGAAAAACAUGUUGAGAAAUUAUUCAGGACUGAAAAACAUUGCUAUUCUGUCAAAAAUUAUUGUUGUUGUUAUUAUUUACUUUUAUUUUAUCUUGCUAACAAGCGUGAAAGGAUGUCAAUUUAUCAUAUUACAGUAUAGUUGCAAUAUACUUAGUGUUAGAUUAGAGCAAAAAUAGCUAUUAUGAACUAAUAAAUAUCACACAACAAUUAAAUUUGGUUAACGCAAGUCAUUUUGAUAAGUGUUACGCAUUUCUAUCCCUAUGUUGUUUUUGUUUGAAUGUCUGUUUUCUAAUAGAUAUUGCGCAGCCAUUUUGAUGUUCUUAAAGAAUGAAACUGGUCUUACAUAAAAAUGACCAGUUAAGGAAGGUACUAUAAUGCCAAAAUCAACGAUUAUGGCAACUGCAAAAAUAUCAGGAUUUGAAAACGUUUAUCUCUUUUUUAAAUGAUUAUCCGACAAAACUUUAUGUCUGUCAAAGCUAGUUCCGUAUCUUAAUAUGUUACCUUUAACCUUUACCCUGCUAAAUUUCUAUAAUAAACUUUCCCAUCUUUCAAUUUGGACAGUGCCAUUUACUGUUAAAAGGGGUGCUUAUCUAAAUGAGACUGACUGAAUGGCGGACAGCGCAGAUCCUGAUCUGACUGCACGGGACUGCACGGAUGUGCAGGCUGAUCGUGAGCUACACUGGUCGCAAAGGCAGAAUCAAUCGUGUCCAGCAUGAUAAGAGUUAAUUAAUAUACGACUUCGAAGUUAAACAUGUGUUUUAGAACAUUUUGUGAACUUGGUACAAAAAUCUCGCAAGUUCAUGCAUUUCUUCUUUUUGUCAGUUCUUGCUAUUCUUUUUUCUUCUUUUAUAGAGAACAUUUAAUAAAAGAUGUUCAAAGGAAAGAAGUGUUUGUCUUUAGACUUUGGAUGUGUUUGUUUGUUUUGUUAGAUCUUAAGUCACAUAAAUAUGAGUUUUGUAAUACUGUUAUGGGGGAAUAAGGAUCUCAGAGCUCGUUUUCAUUAACAUUAAAAGUCAAAAACUUGAGAUCGGUAAAUAUUAAAUUGGCAAUUCUUUUGUGUAUUACAAGUUUUUAUUAAUUUGAUUUUGCUAUGAUGUUUGUAAAUGCAUAUAGAAGCUUUUGACUUAGAACUUCAUAUAUUUUUCUACUAACAAAACCUACCCACCUACCCAAGGAGAAACAAUCCCCACAACUCUGAUUUCAGUGUUGACAGAGUUAUGCCCCCUUUUUUAACUUAGUUUUUUCUUUACUUCUUACAUAAGGUCCAAGAUCUCUGUUGCUAUCAAAGCCAUUGAAUUGAUAAUUAAAUACUUGUUUACUAUUAAAGGUUACACCAUAUAAAACAACUCCCAUAGUUCUGAUUAGAAAUUUGAGAGAUUUAUGCCCCUUUUACUGGCAAAGCUCUUAUUCAGAGGCAAGCACCGUGAAAAGUCGAGUCUUGUUAUUCAUGAAUCUUAACUGUAAAUUAUUUGAAUAUUUUAUAUGACAUGUACAGAAAUUAUAUUACAUUUUCAGUCUCUUAUAAUUCUUUAAUAGAAUGGUCUUGCAAUAGUUUGUUGUAAUUGUACA